AUGUGUGUCACAAACAUCUACCUCGACCGAUACCCUGACGGGCAUACGGUCGAGUUCCGUCAAACCUCCAUUUGUCAAUAUGGUAGCCCAGGACGACCUUGCCCAACACUAUCCACAAUCGAAAACCCAGUUAGAAGGAUCAACUGGAACGAGCCAACCACCGAGUUGAUGCUCACGCGACCAAUCCCCCAACCUCACCAACGACCUCAGUCGCCUCAUCGCUCACCAGCCUCGCACCACAGACACUCGUCUUCAGAGUCAGGACACCGGCGGCGACACAGCAAGCGCUUGCUUUCACCCCUCAGACCAACCAGACAACACAAAAAGGAGAGAAUCAUUAUCGUGGACUCCCCACCAACCCCACGCACACCACCGCAGAAGUUUAACCAGACAUUCACUGCCCCAUCUUCACCAGCAAGCCCAGCCUACCGUGCUGCUGAGCAUGACCGCGGCCGUCCCGUCAUCGUCGACGAGCGCCCACUCCAUCGCAUCCCAAGCAUCGGUGCCGUCGUCGCACCUCGCCGGAACCGUUCUCAGUCAAGGAACAGACACGUCAUUUGGGACUCACCUUCCAACUCACACACAUCCUUCAACUCUCGCCUGCGUCGUGAGGAAGAAGAGCGUGAGCUUGAGCGGAUUCGAAAACGUGACAUUGAGAAAGAGGCCGAGAGAAGAAAACUGGCUUUCAUCCGCGCACAGGAUGAGGAAAUCCGAAGACGGCCAGCGGUGCCGCUGGUUCCUGUGCUGCCACGCAGAGGAACGUACACGAGACCGUCUGUAACGGUCGUGGAUCAGAAUGAUAUGCUCCCAGUCAUGAUGGGAGGACUUUCAAUUGGAGAGUCUGGACGAGGGAGAAUGCGCAGGGAACAGGACGAGCAAGAGGCUAUGAAGCAGAGACUCAGGGAGAGGCAAUUACCAAAGAGAAGGGCCAGUGUUGGGCCUGGAUAUAGGAGACAUCGAGUUGCUUACGACGAUGGCAUGUAUAGGUGGGAAUAA